CUGUUCACCAACUCCUUCAGUUAGAUUGUCAAGAGGGCGGAAGAAUCCAACCUAAACCACUUAAUCCAAAAAAGAAGAUGCAGAUGAGGAGGUUCUUUCAGCAUGUAAGGUAUAUCAUUAUAGAUGAAGUGUCCAUGGUGGGUAACACAAACCUCAACCAGAUCAAUUCACGGUUGAAUGAAAUAUUUGGGGUUCCUCCUGAAACCACAAUCUUUGGGGGAAUCAACGUUAUCUUCAGUGGUGACCUUCAUCAGAUUCCUGCGGUUCAACAAACUAUGGUGUUUGAGACUAAAGGUAUCGCUGCUCUUGGGCCUAACAUUUGGAAGGAUUCAAUUACAUUUUCUGAGCUAACGGACAUAGUUAGAGCAAAGGGUGACAGUCAGUUCACGGAACUCUGUCACAGGCUUAGGGUAGGAGAGCACACCCCAGAGGAUAUUGAGUUACUGAGUUCAAGGGUUGUGGAAAAGCAGCCUAAACCUGCUGAAAUCAUGGACUCAAUGGUCAUUUAUCCAACCAAUAGGCAGUGCAACAGUCACAAUCAGGAGUGCAUUCAAGAAUUGAGCAAAACCUCUUCAAUAGUUAACGUUGUUGCUCAAGACAGAUUCUCCAAUGAAGUUUUCAACAAAUCUUCCAAUUUUGGCGACAAAGUUUAUGACAAAAUGAACAAGAAACCCCAAGAUUACACGACUGACGAUGUGAACAAAACUGCUGGGUUACCAACUUCAUUAAAUAUUGGUCCAGGAGCUAGGGUCAUGGUGCGUGUUAAUAUCGACACCCCUGACAAAAUUGUAAACGGUGUGACUGGGACUGUCCACAGUUUCCAACUCCAAAAUGGCAAAACUGUCAAGGACGGUUCAUGCAGUGCUAGAGACAUUCGGCACGUUAAUGUUAUGUUCGAUGAUGUUAACGUCGGCAGAACCAUAAAACAUCAUUGUGACAAUUUCUGCGCUAACAAUUGCACCAAGGUUGGCACUGUUCCAAUAAAGCCCGUGGAAAAGGAAUUUAUCUCCAAAAAGAAUAGUAAAACGUGGCUCAAACGCUAUCAAAUUCCAUUGGUUCUCUCUUGGGCCUGCACUGUUCACAAAGUUCAGGGUUUGACUUUGAACAAAGCAUAUGUAUUCCUCGCUGGAGCAUCAAAAGGUCACUCAUGGCAGUCAGGCAUGGCAUACACUGCUAUCUCUAGGUUAACAUCUCUCCUUGGUCUGCACUUCAUAUCUUUUGACCCCAGGCAAAUUCGCACAUCUAAGAAAGUUGUAGAUGAGUAUGCUCGACUACGUGAUGUUCCUAAAUUUUGUGUUGUCCUCCAAGGUCAUAAUGUUCCUGCAGCUACUUGUGAAGAAGUUUUAAUAAUGAGUCCCAUACCAUCUGAUCCCAUCACUCUUCCCUGCAGUAAACCAUUUAAUGUUUCAUCUUCUCCGCACAAGACCAUCAUCACCUCGCCUGCUGUAUUAAAACGCCACAUUCCUUUUUCUCCAUUAGCGGAUCUUACGAAGAAACAUUUCAAGUCUACCUCAUUAUAUUCUCCGCUCUCUAUGAUGUCUCCACAGCCUUCUACUGGUCUCAAACGUCCUUUACCAAACUCUCCUCAAGUUCCAGCAAGUCCACUUCUAAGUAAACAUCUCAAAACGACAAAGUCUCUUUCUCCUUUAUGCAAUGCAGAUGUGGUCAACAAUCCGGUUAUGCAAAUUCCUACCAGUUAUCCACAAGUUAUCUCUGAAACUGUUGGCAGGGCUCAUGUCAUUGAUUUUUUGGGUCAUCCUCAAUCGGCAGAAACUGCAACAUUAUUACAAUCUUUGGGAUUCUCAGUCAAUGCCUCCUUUGCUAAUAUCCAGGUUAAUUCCAGUUGUGGUUACAUCGCCUCUAGAGUCAUUUCUAAACUGAAGUCCUUCCUUUCGACAGGCCAGUCAUGGUUUAACGCAUCACUAUUCGACUGUAACUAUUGGGGAGCCUCGGAUUUUGAAACAGACAUAUGUGCACUAGGUAAUCAUGCUCUUAACAUUUCCGGCACAAGUCCCGUAUUCCUAUCAGAAACUAAUUGCCUUGAUCUUAUUCCUAUUUACUCGCUCCAUUUUCAUAAUUUAUUAUUUAUACAUAGAAAUGAUUAUCUUUCCAAUGUAGAACCUCCCCAUAGUAAGUCUACGUUUAAAGCCCGCAUCAUACACCUUUGGGAUAAGUUUAAGUCUAACGCACAGGUCCUUCCCCCAACCUUAUUUAUAGUUAAUACAGACGAUGGUCAUGGCGUUCAUUGGUAUACUGUUAUUUUAGAAAUUGGCUCUGCGCAUUCCCCAUCUCAUGAACUGUAAUUUCACCCUCGGCAUUGUGAAUGUUAGCCCUUGCACUUAUAAAUAAUCUUACACUCUAAUUCUUAUUUACUGUCACCAAUAAUUUCUAACAAUCACGAACACCACUCACCCCAUUCCUAUCCUAGAACUUUCACAACACCAUACCAGUGCUGUUGUAACGUGACUUCUUGCGGUGUGAACAGUGUAGUCAGCCUUACAUUCUUACACUCGAGGUUCUGAUUACACAGGAAGUUAGACGUACAACAGGACACUGAAGUUUAAGACACAAGCUAUAACAACAAUUAUAACAUUACAUAUUACUACUAUUCUACAAUUUAACCAACAUUAUCUUAUAUAAUUAUAUCUACUUUAAUUUAUGCUCUCCACAAUUAACCAAUUUCUAUUAUCACAUAAGCAAUAAAUGACAUGCACAUACUACAUUUUCCAUUUAACUUGCACUCUAACUUUACAUUUGUUUUUCUGCAACUAUUUAAUCGAUAUACUUUUGUUACCUUAUACUUUUCAAUAUGUCAUAAAUGUCACGUUAUUAUCUCAUUAUAUAUCUUUAAACCCCUGUAAUACCUCAGUUAUCAGAUAAGAUUGGAUGCAUUAUCAUAUGUUAGCAAAGAGGUUCGUCCGAGCAAUUUACCCGUGGGAUUGUCACGUGCUAACGGAAACUGAGAAGAGUGGUUAACUGCGUGUGGUUAUUGUACCUCAUCAUCAACUGUUCUCAGGCUAAUUACCUCACCUCAUUCUCCACAUCUACAUAAAAGGGAAGGUGUUUUUAUACUUUUUCAUAUAAUAAUACAAUUAUUAUGUGCAUUAUGCUAAGUUUUCUCCAGUUUUCAUUCCGGAUUGCUUCAACACUUCUGAUUUAAUGUAUCUGUAAUAUUACGCACGACACAAUCACAACUUAUUUCCUUUUCAGAUCAGUUACUUGCUCUUUUCCAGUUUUCACAUUCACAACUGUCGACAGUUCCUUGCAUGCCAAAGGCUCACUUAUAGAAACAAAUGCCGUCCUCGAAUCAGCCCUCCUUGACAGUUAACUUUAUCACAUCACAAUUCAUGAAAUGAGCAGCUGUGAACACAAUUUUGUCAGCACCAAUUGGAAAUAUAACGCACACCAUCGGCUGCUGAUUGAGUGAUAUUACUUCCUUCUUCACAGAUCUACAAAUCUUCUACUUUACUCUAACCUAGCAAGACAAUGUUAUUAACACUCCAUCAUAAUUCAUACUGAACUAAUUAACAUACUGAACAGUGAGAUUUGAAUUCCAAUAAUUGGUAUCAUUGAAGUAUGACUAUAAAACAUUAUUCAACCUUGUAUAACCGCUAAUUUGAAAGUGGAAGAGAGGGACCAGUUCUAAGCACAACAUGAUAAUAAUAUGUUCUCUUCCUUAUUUAUCCAUUUCUAUUUCACCGCAACCUAGAUUAUAUCGUGUAUUAAUUUUCUCUGGCACAGAGUUGCGCGUUGUUAUGGCAACUUUGAUCUUAACGUUUGCGGAGGGACAACAUUCAAAUCUACACGCGAUAUUUGAGAAUACAGCCGCGCGGCUUAUCCGUAAAAUUAAUUAAGUUACCUCCACGCGCGCUGUGACUGGACAACAUUCACUUUAUUUAUUCAUAUUUUCUUCGAUGCACAGAUAUUUUGAUCCCCUAACAUCGACAGACAUCAGUAAACUAGCGGCAACUCCUAACUUGAGCUAAUUAACAAUUAUAUCAAGCUGGUCCGGUCAACUCUACUUCAUACAUCAUACUUUCAUUGUGAUUGUCUUUUAUUUGGGUUUCUGUAACCAUACAGUUAGUCAAUUAACUUUAAGCCAAUUCACGUGACACCAGAAACAAAACAAUUAAUUGAAGGCCAAGGUAUGAUAAAAUUUUGACAUUUGGUACAAGUGGAUGGAAAUCUAGCGUCCGCCAACAGUCGAACAAACGGGCGCAAUUCUUGUUAAACAACAGUUUAACAAGUUUAAGUAUGAACAAGUUAAAUGGUUAUGUCAGUCUUCAAUAUUUUAUAUCCCAUAUAAGCUAAACAUGUGGCCAUAAAAUGAAUUAUUUAAGUAUGUGCACAAUCAAUCAUAUUAAUUGUAUAUAUGCUGGCAAAUAACCAUUUUUACCUGCAUGAAUUCUAAAUAUCUAUAUCCGCAGUCAACCAACGAGUUUUCGAAGAUUAUCACCCUGGGACACUCUUCUGCUUCAUUCUCAAGGCACAACACCACAACUUCAGAAGAUGCAAGGAGCGUGUUCUUAACUCUCCAAAACGAAGGAGGGGAUCUGCAAUAAACAAAGACGAUAUAUUUUUGGCCAGAAAUUUGCGGAGUUCCUUCGUCUUGAUAUCGGUCUUGGCUGCAGUUGUAUCUCUCGAAAUCAGUGACGGUUUGAGGAGACACUGCAUCUCACUGCUCGGUGGAGACACGGGGAUAUGAAGCUGUUAAUCCCUCUUAAAGUCCACUGCACGUUGUCACAGAGCCUCAGUCCGAUCAGAGCAAGCAGCAAAGAUCAAAGGAGACUUUUCCUCCAAUGUCAAACAGAUAAAUUUCGACAGAAAACUUCUAGCAGACCUCGGAUGAUUUAGGAAAGUAAACAUACUUGCAAUCUGUAAGACAAGUGACUCUACAGGAACUAGCAAGAGGCAGAGAAAGUGAAGAAGAUUCGACGACCGAAGCCUAGCAGAUAAAAUAAUAGCCGAUGAAUUUGAUACGACAUCAUAAAAUACUGGAGUCCACAAAGGAGCAUGUCCUACUUUUCAGCCGCUCCUCAAUCGACAGAUCCUCUUGAUGGCUUGCAGACAUCACGUCCUUGAGGCGGAUCUUGUAAGAGGAUCUGCCUCUAAGCAACUGUUCGGUGACACAACAUCACUUGAAGUAACCCUUUUUAAGAUCAUGAAGACCUCCUGGGAAGAUCUCAAUCUGCAGAACAUUGUCCUUCCUGAUAUCCCUACUUGCAACAGGAACGGAAGAUCUUCUAUCCUUCAUUACUCAAAUCCGUCAACUCAACAACCAGCCCAGGAGAAUAAAAGGAAUUACUAGAGCUAAACUUAUCCAUGGAGAAAGCAUAGAGAUGAAGAAAGGAUGCGUCUUCCAGAUACAAAGACCUGGAGCUGACCACCAUGUCAGAUGGAUGGCUAAGUCCAUAUACAUUAUGAAAAUGAUUCUACUUCACUAGAUACCACUUCACUGGACGAAGAAGAGAGACGUGCAGAAGAUGGCUCACGUUGUUGUCUUCGUUUACUUAAGAGCUUGGUUCAACGCUCCUUUCCUUGAAUCUGCAGCCUCCGCCGACACCCGUUUGUUACACUUACAGAGUCUUCAGAAGUACAAGAGUGUGGACAGAGUAUUAGCCAUCAUCACGACAGUCCUCAAGACAUACCUUUAGAGCGAAGAACUCUCCUUGCAGCAAGAAUAGGCCAACAAACUCUUGAAGCAAUUCAAGUUGGAACUUGAAAACUUGUGUUCGGUUGUUAAUGUUAUUGAGCUUUAUGAACGUCAAAUAAGCCUAAUUGAUGAAAAAUUAUUCUGAUAUGUUUUGGUUUUAUGACCAGGGGUUAUGACAAAUAUAUAAUAAGGAUGUUGGUCUAGUUUCUCGUACGGGUUUUCAACAUACGCUUUAGUCCUACACUCUAGUUUGGGGUUGGAUUUUAAAUAGUCACUUGAAGUACGUGUUAAAGUAUCCUACGUGUUGGUCGAGUGUUGAGUGAUUAAACAUCUUGAUCGCAUGUUUAUUGUUUACUGUUUAGUGUAGACCUUGUUCAGUAGAAACUCAGUACGGUGGUCCGCGGUAAAUUUCAUUCUUUAUUAUACGAAAAUGCAUGACCUGCAUGAGGUAUGUUACCUGGGGACCCCAGGCUAUAAUGUUCCGCCGAAUAGAGAUUCGGCGGAAUGACAGACUAAGCGCCGCCCAGUAAGAGGUAUGAUAAUACUGGGUUUCGAAAUCUUUUAAAUAUCUAUUCGAUUGAGUCUUAUUACCUGGGGACCCCGUUUUAAAUUCUCAUAAACGUAUCAAUUGAAUAUAUUUACUAAAACUCAAGUCUCAUAUUAAAGUAUUAAUAUGACAACUGUGUUUAAGAACACAAAGCCCGGGGUCCCCGGGUAAAUUUAAAGCUAGGAAUCAUUAUAUUUAUAAGUGAAUUGUGUAUUUGGUACUGGCCAUAGCACUCCCGUCAAUCUAUUUGUCAUGUCAAUAGUUUACUGUUUACGAAUGAGUCCAUCAUGUACUGUUCUCUUUGAUGUAUGUAAUCAAAUUAUUAGAUUAUUAAAGUUAACAUUUUGUGAAAUGUCAAUCACUUUAUUAUAUUUACCUCAA